UUAUCAUCAUCAGUUGUCUGCUUCUCGCGAACCAGUCAGCACGUCUCGUAGGCUUGCACCACUAAACAGCGAUUUGCGUUAGUCUGUUGUAUAAAUUGAAGACCCUUCGCAGCGGAGCCUCAGUGUUUAGCUGACUCCCUCAGCGUGUUCACAUCCCUAACGUUGACCUCCAUCAUUGGAUCAGAGAUGGCGUCCUCCUCAGAGACUCCUAAUCAAAACACCAGCUCGACGGCCUCAGUUUCCUUCAAGGCUUAUUAUAUGGUGAAAGAUGAUGACAAGCCAAAGGAAGUACGCCGUUUUGGAAUGGAGCAAAAUGAAGUGACUAGCUUUGAGUUGCUCAAAGAAAAGAUCCGUCAGGUCUUUCCUGUUCUCAAGCGUACUGAUCUUUGUACUCCAGAAUUUACUAUUACUUGGAAAGACUUUGAAGGUGAUGACAUCAUCAUUUCAUCAAAUGAAGAGCUUCUCACUGCUUUGACAGAAACAUCUGAUCAAGUUCGUCGCCUGUACAUUUCUACAAAGAACCCUGCAUCAGGCAUUUUUGGAUCUCCAUUUGAAUGGAAACCUGUGGUGAUUGAGAGUAAAAGGGCAUUUUGCCCUCGUGCUUCUAAUGAUAAGAGUGGUGCAAAUGAUUCAGACGACUCUGAUGACUCUGGAGAAGAGUUGGAUGAUGUAUUGGCUUCGUCUCCCGGAAGGAAGAGAUCUUGGCAUUCAGCUGUCCGUGCCUCUGUGAAGCAUCAUCCCAAUGUAUGUUGUGAUGGCUGUGAAAAGUAUAUAGCUGGUCAUCGUUACAAAUGCUUGGAGUGCCCUGAUUUUGAUCUUUGUCCGGAUUGUGAAUCCCAAUUGAUGCACAAAGAUCAUAUCAUGCUCCGCAUUCCUUUAUCCAUGAGCCAUUAUACCAAGCUUAACAACUUCUCUAAAAGCAUGCGUUACAUGUCAGAUACUCUUUACAAAAUUGACAAGCGUUACAAAAAGCAGGAGCGCCGUCGUAAAGCCUUUGAAUCAGCUCACUGCUCCAGACCAUGUGGUCAAGUUGACUUUGCUGAUUUCAUUGAUGAUGUGCUUCAAACUGCUAAGCGAAGCAAGCGUGAAGACAGAGAGUCAGAUAAGAAGGAUAAGCGGGAGAGAAAGGAAUCCCGUGCCACCACCUCAUCUGCAUCAGCUCGUGCUGGUGGUGCUAAAGCAAAGGCCUCAGCUCCCGGCCAAGAGUCAUCUGCUCAAUCUGCUCAGUCAGCCUCUUCUGAUAAUUCUGGACGCAACCAGAAUGGUGGAUGCCCCUUCUCUUAUAAUGCCUCCAGUCUUCUUGGUUCAUUCUUGAAUCCUGAGACUAUCGGCAAUCUACUCAAUCCUCAAAACUUGAAUACAUUGCAGCAACUGUUUGAGCACAUGUCACCAGUUCCUGAGCAAGUAUUAAAAGAGGUAUCACAAAAUUUGGCCAAAGUGAACCUAAAUGAUGAGGAACAUGCUACUACAACUGCUGCCUCUGCUCCAACCUCUCCUCCUACCAAUCCAUUCGCUGUGAACAAGUCAAAUGCCUCUUCUACUGAAGAGCCUGAUGGUGCAAUUCCAUCUACUUCUACUUCUGGUCAGGAAGUGCGCAAACCUGUUCAGCCUCAAGCUACAGUCCAAGUGUCCUCAAACCAGCCUGAUGUCAAUUUGUCUGGAAACUCCCAACCUCAGUCUGGUCGAUCCUCCCGCUCUUCAAGUGAGGAAGCAGAUACCGAGGGAUGGAUGGUUGUCGAUCGAAAAAUGAAAGAAGGUGCUGCAAGUGCAGAUCAAACCACUGUUUACCCAAAGCUUCCAAUUGUGGAGCCUACAUCCAUUCCUAUUGUUGAGCCUGUACAAGCACCACUUCAUAGUGAUCCUGAUGUCGAUAAAUGUCUGCGGGACCUUGCUGAAAUGGGAUAUGAUGCCAAACAGAAGAUAAUCAUUGACUUGGCAGUGGAGUACAAAGGAAAUGUCAGCCGAGUUCUUAAUGUGUUGCUUUCUUAAUGUCUUUCACAUUACCUACCAUAAACUAGGUACAUCUUAAACCUAACUGAUUCUCUGCAUAGCUAUGGGUUAUGGUGUUUCUGUUUCUAUAGAUAUUUUAUUCCAGUAAUCAUUCAUGUUACUUAGUAGGAAUAAGCCCUCAUUUUAUGGAUGAAAUAUGGUGUUUUUAAGUAGGAGUUUUAACCCUGAACUUGGACGUUGCCUUUCUACUGAAAAAGUAACUAGUGUAGACGGAAAUAUUGUGACUACUGCUGUACUAGUACUAUGCGUUUAUCAGAAUAACUUUUACUGCAAUGGUUUGGUUUCUUUUGUUAGAAUGUAAAAUGGAAUGAAAAUUUAAACAUUCUUCUUUUUUUUUUUUUCCGUAAAUAGUAUUAAAAGAGUACAGUACUUAGCAAUUACGUACUGAACUUAAACUGCAUCUUUGAAGAUGCAAACAAUCAUUUGACUUCUACGCUUCGAAGGGCAUUAGGACGCGGAUAAACUUCAUCACAAACUUUUCAAUGACUUGAGAAAAAUUUACUAUUUAUGUGAUAAAUGUGAUAGUGAUAUCCCAGAUAUCUGUUAGUUUUAAGAAUACUUCAAAAUAUUUGUUGUUAGUAUGAGUUAAGAUUAUUUUUGUUUUAUUGAAGCAAUGUGUUUGGUAGUAUGUAUGCAAGGUAUGUAUUGAUUUCAUUAAUUUUGUUUACUCCUUGUAUGGUCAGUGCUUGAGUUCUUGUCCAUCAGCAACUUUCUUUUCUCAUAUUUUUCAAUGUAUGUGUGUUGAUUUAACUUUUCUUCUAAAGUGAUUAAUAAAGAUAUCAUCUUAAAGUC